CUGCCCCGGAACCAACGGCGGCAGGCUUCUGGGGUGGGGGGGCGGCCCUGGAGUGGGGGCUGUGGUGGUGUGCGGGGACCUGGUGCAGUGGCUGCAGUGCUAACCGGAAACUGCUAAACUUCCUGUGGAAGCGAAGUAGAAUUUCAUAAGAGCAUAAUGGAUGGAGAAGAGAAAACCUAUGGUGGCUGUGAAGGCCCUGAUGCCAUGUAUGUCAAAUUGAUAUCUUCAGAUGGUCACGAAUUUAUUGUAAAGAGGGAACAUGCACUAACAUCAGGAACAAUAAAAGCCAUGUUGAGUGGCCCAGGUCAGUUUGCUGAGAAUGAAACUAAUGAAGUCAAUUUUAGAGAGAUCCCCUCACAUGUGCUAUCAAAAGUAUGCAUGUAUUUUACUUACAAGGUUCGCUACACUAACAGCUCCACGGAGAUUCCUGAAUUCCCAAUUGCACCUGAAAUUGCACUGGAACUGCUGAUGGCUGCAAACUUCCUAGAUUGUUAAAUAAAAUAAGUUAUAAUAAACUGUUAACUUUUUUCAGUAUUUAAUACCUGUAGUUCAGUUAGAAUUUUUUUCAUAUAUAGCAUGUUGCCUGUGCGCAAUUGAACUUUAAAGUUCAUUGCAAAGCAGAUUAUUGUCUCUUCUUUUGCAUAGCAAAGUUGAAAUUUGUUUGUUACAUCAACAAGUUAAGGACAUUUUCACAAAUUGAGAAAUAAACAAAUAUGCCACUUUGUAGGUAGUUUUGCCUUAUUCUUUGGAUGUGAUUUUUAAAUUAGAGCAAUGGUGAUAUAAUAAAUGCUGAAAUUUAGUCAUAAAUGGACAAUAUUCUCCAGGUAAAUAUUGGGGCUAUGUAUUUUUAUGUUUUUAGUGUUUUUUUUAAACCUAUAGCUGUCAUUAGCGUUACUAGAAUUAUGCAAACAAUUGCAUUAUAAACAAGUUUAUAACUUAGCCAAAUAUUGAUUUUUAUAACUGUCAAAGACAUAAGAGUUGAAAUUUCUUAGGUGUCUUUUGAUAAACUGCAGUAUUGUUUAAGUAUCUUGUCCUUUUGUUUUAUUGCUACAAUUUAAGAACUUUAUUUAAAAGCAAUUUUGGAAGAUUCCUAGGUACAGCUUUUGGAGCAGUGACUUUUUGAACUAUAGUCACAUGGUCAGUAAGUAAACUAAAUGACCUUGAUUUUAUGUGUAAUGUGCAUUUUGGCCAAUCCAAAGUACUGUACUUUCAUUACUAUAAAGCUUCUUUUGCAAUAUUCAUCCUUCUUAUCUAGUCCCUUGUGAUUAUACUUCUGGUUAUUUAAAUGUUUUAAAAGACUAAGAACAUUACCCAGAUCUUAAAAGCUAAUCUUUUCUGAACUAUUCUAGUCUUCCUGCAUCCAACUGAAAUGUUUUAAAAUAUGACAAACGUGAAGAGAUGUAGUGCAAAUCUUACAGCGCACUUUGAUAUAGUAUAUUACAUUCUGUUAAUUAAAAUGUGUUCCAAUAAAUAUGCCCAACAUCUCUGGGUCUUCUACUAAAAUAUAACUUAUAAAGAGGCCAUUCAGCUUUUAUACUAAGCAGACAAAAAUACUCAAAAACUAUUACAGAAUCUCUGCUUAGGCAUGGGAAAAGAGCACUGUAGUUUGGUAUAUUAUUGUUUCUUAGUAAAUCAAAGCUGUCAUUAAGGUCUAUAAGUUUUUAGCUUAGUUCUUCAAGACUAGUUUAAUAUGGACCAGUGUUUCUGGAAUUGCAAAAACCAUACACAACCAAAUUCUAUGAAUAAUUUUCCUCUUAGAAAACUUAACAUUGUACUUUGCAGCGUAUUGAAAGCAAUUAAAUAUAUAUGUUAAUUGCAUAUAUUUUAGUAACUUCUUAAGACAUACUGGUACAUAGUUUAGUAGAAGAUUAUCAAGUGCAAGAAUUAUAUUCUGCUACUUGGUGACAAAUAAUUCCAAUUAUAAACCUAAAUAAUGAUCUUAAAGGUUAAGGAGAUAGCUAGAACCAAGUUUAACUUUGAUCAAUUUUAGUAGGUUACGUUUUGUGUUAGAUCCACAAGUAAUCUUAAGUUAAAAUAUUGAAAAAGGACUGAAGGAUUAGGAAAAGUUGUAUAUCUUGUGGUAAAUGAGACUUGCAUGUUAAUAAAGGCUCUGUUGACCGAAAGGUUUGAUGAACA